AGACGCGCCCCCGCACCCCGACCCGCACGCGAGGACGCCCGCGGACCCGCUGGCCCGGCUCGCCCGCUCGCUCGCAGCCCCGAGGAUGGUCAAUCGGAAGAACCAGCUGGGCAUGUAUUUCCUCCUGCUCCUACUGGGCCACCUCCUGGAGGAUCGCUUUGCCCAGGCCGGUAACUGUUGGCUCCGCCAGUCGAAGAACGGACGAUGCCAGGUGUUGUAUCGGACGGAGCUGAGCAAGGAGGAGUGUUGCCGCAGCGGGAGGCUCAGCACCUCCUGGACGGAGGAGGAUGUCAAUGACAACACGCUCUUCAAGUGGAUGAUAUUUAACGGGGGCGCUCCUAACUGCAUCCCAUGCAAAGAAACGUGCGAGAACGUGGACUGCGGCCCGGGGAAAAAGUGCAAGAUGAACAAGAAGAACAAGCCCCGCUGUGUUUGCGCCCCGGAUUGCUCGAGCGUCACCUGGAAGGGCCCCGUGUGCGGCCUGGAUGGGAAGACCUAUCGGAGCGAGUGCGCCUUGCUGAAGGCCAGGUGCAAAGAACAGCCCGAGCUGGAGGUCCAGUACCAGGGGAGUUGUAAAAAGACCUGUCGGGAAGUGUCCUGCACAGGGAGCGCCACAUGUGUGGUGGACCAGACCAACAACGCCUACUGCGUGACGUGUAAUCGGAUUUGCCCGGACCCUCCCUCACCGGAGCAGUAUCUGUGCGGGAAUGAUGGACGAACUUACUCAAGUGCUUGCCACCUGAGGAAAGCCACCUGCCUGCUGGGCAGAUCGAUUGGAUUAGCCUACGAGGGAAAAUGUAUCAAAGCAAAGUCCUGUGAAGACAUCCAGUGCAGCGGAGGGAAGAAAUGCCUGUGGGAUUUCAAGGUCGGCCGGGGGCGGUGCGCGCUGUGUGACGAGCUGUGCCCCGAGAGCCGGUCGGACGAAGCGGUGUGUGCCAGCGACAACGCCACGUACCCCAGUGAGUGCGCCAUGAAGGAGGCGGCCUGCUCCUCGGGUGUGCUACUGGAAGUCAAGCAUUCCGGAUCGUGCAACUCCAUAAACGAAGACCCCGAGGAAGAGGAUGAAGAUGAAGAUCAGGACUACAGCUUCCCUAUAUCUUCAAUUCUAGAGUGGUAAACUCCUCCCUCCCCGUUGGAAAAUAGCCCUUGGGCAACAAAAAAUCAGUGUCCAUAUUGUAAAUAAGUGUAUGCUUAUUUAUUUGGGGGGGGACGGAACCCACAAAAGGAGCUCAGCCCUGCAGACUUUCCACAAGGUGCCUUCUCACGCUGACUUGAGAGGGAGAGGAAAUCCAGUGUGAAGUCUCCAGGACGAGGCCCCUAGUUGAGGCGCUAGACCUUUAUUUAUACUGUGUCAUGUUUUAUAAUUUAUACCGAAAAUGUCCGGUUGACUGUACACCUUGUUUUUUGAAGAAAUUUAUUCUUUAAAGGAAGAGCAGUUUGUUAUUUAUUGUGAGGUCUCUUGCUUGUAAAGUAAAGCUUCGUUCUCCCAAACCGUUUUAAGUUCAUUCCUCCAUGGCUCGCCCAUCCCACCUGUCCCCUUCCGUUUCGCCGACGUUCGAUCCUUCUCCACCUUAACCGAACUUGCGUGUCAGACGCCGUCGGGUUUAUUUAUUGGAUUCUCUGCCGCCAGUUCUGUAUAUACACGAUCCCUCGGGGUUUUGUUUACAAGGAAUCUUGACUGACCAAAAAGCACCCUGACUGACUCAGAUGUAAGAUGCCAGCGGGGUCAUCUUUGAGGAAAAGCCCCCUUCGCUUCCGCCCCUGGCCCGCGACGGGGCCCAUUUGUGGAGCGGCAAAGAUGCGUGGGUCCAAAUCAGUGAAAUCUGUAGAUGAUUCAAAAGCGCCCUUGAUAAUAAUAAUGAUAAUGAUGGUAUUCGUUAAGCGCUUACUAUGUGCUGAGCACUGUUCUAAGCGCUGGGGGAGAUACAGGGUAAUCAGGUUGUCCCAUGUGGGGCUCACAAUCUUCAUCCCCCUUGAUCAGUACGAUGGUGGAGGGGUGGUGGUCAUGCCUUCCCUUCAUAUUCUGACCCCCCGAAACUCUCGUGAGGAGUUUCCAUGAAGCUGGCCCCCGCUGGACUCUUUCAAUUAGUUCUUUUUCACCACCGUGUCACCAAAAAGAGGUAUAUCAAAGACUUCUCAGUUCAAGUUUCUUGCUUUUCAUAAUACUUUUUUUCUGAUGCAAUUUUAUAUUUUCAAACAUGGCAAGUUAAAUAUAAAUUCAUUUAAAUAUAUAGUUUUGUACUU